UAUGGAACCUUGCCUAGUGUGAGCUGGUGGCUUAAUGGCACAAACGCUACCGUAUGUUGUGCGUUGCCGCCCCCUCCGUCUAGUCCUUUUCAACCCCCGGCAUGUAUGUUCCUUGAGGUUCCAUUUCCAGUUGCUGUGGGUAUCAUGGACAGUGAACUUCCCUUCUCCUUCCCCUGUUUUGCUUGCCGUCGUGAUGUACGUUUGUAGGUGUGGAGCUUUGCCUCUUUUUCUUCUUCCUCUAGAGAGACCUUUUGGAGUAUAGAUUCACACUACUCUAACGAAGGAUUUGGGAGUCUGAAAAUUGAAGGGAAAAAUAUUUUUGGUUCUCUAUUGAGGAUUAUAGCAAAUAUACCGCAUUUUUUGGUUUACAGUUGCUGUUACCCGCCUGUAUAACUAGAGUAUAUGAUGACGAGUAAUAUGACAUGAACAAGCUCAAACCUCCAUUGUCGAGGUUUCUGGAGUCAUCAGCUUCAUCCGUCACCAAGUCUUUCAAUGCCACUAUCAACCGCCUUUCAUCCCAAGGUGCUCACAGUGAAGUUCUUCUCACAUAUGCCUCUAUGCUUAGGAACCAUGUCCCUUCAGAUGCGUACACCUUCCCAAGUCUGCUCAAAGCUUGCACCUUUCUGAACCUUUUCUCCCUUGGGCGUUCCCUGCAUCAAUGCAUUGCCGUUAAAGGUUUGUCUUUUGAUGCCUAUAUUGCUUCGUCGUUGGUUAAUUUCUAUGUGAAAUUUGGAUGCACAAAUACUGCUCGCAAAGUUUUUGACUUUAUGCCUGAGAGGAAUGUCGUUCCUUGGACCAGUGUUAUUGGAUGCUAUUCUUGGGAGGGUAAUCUUGAAAUGGCUUACGCCUUGUUUAAUGACAUGCGUCAACAGGGAAUUCAACCCAGUUCGGUUACUCUUUUGACCAUUCUGUCUGGAGUUUCAGUCCUUGCCCAUUUGCGGUGUUGGCAUGGUUGUGCAAUAUUUUAUGGAUUUAUGUCCGAUAUAACACUGUCAAAUUCUUUUCUAAGUGUAUAUGGAAAAUGUGGAAGCAUUGAAGACUCUAGGAAAAUAUUUGAGUAUAUGGGUGAAAAGGACCUUGUUUCAUGGAAUUCCUUGAUGUCAAUUUAUGCUCAGAUAGGAAAUCUAUGUGAAGUAUUACAACUUCUAAAGACAAUGUGGGCAGUGGGUAUGAAGCCUGAUCAGCAGACUUUUGGGUCGGUGUUGUCUGUGGCUGCAUCAAUGGGUGAGUUGAAACUGGGUAGGUCUGUGCAUUGCCAGAUUCUAAGAGCUGGAUUUGACCUUGAUGCACAUGUAGAAACAGCCUUGAUUGUUAUGUACUUUAAAGGUAAGAACAUUGAUAAUGCGUUUCGAAUUUUUGAAAGGAGCUCUGACAAGGAUGUAGUUUUGUGGACAGCAAUGAUCUCUGGCCUUGUGCAGAAUGAGUCUGCUGAUAAGGCACUGGCCAUCUUCCGCCAAAUGUUAAAAUUCCAGGUCAAGCCAUCCACUGCUACUAUUGCAAGUGUCAUUACUGCUUGUGCACAAUCGGGAUCUUUUGAUUUGGGAAUCUCAAUUCAUAGUUAUGUAUUAAGGCAAGAAUUGACUUUAGAUAUCACUGCUCAGAACUCCCUUGUGACCAUGUAUGCCAAGUGUGGUAAAUUGAAUCAGAGUUUUAUUGUGUUUGAUAAUAUGAGCAAAAGGGAUUUGGUUUCCUGGAAUGCUAUAAUUGCUGGAUGCACUCAAAACGGCCAUAUAUGUAAGGCUUUGCUUCUUUUCAAUGAAAUGAGGACUCAUUGUCAAAUACCAGAUUCAAUAACUAUUGUCUCUCUUCUUCAAGGAUGUGCUUCCAUAGGAGCACUUCAUUUUGGUAAAUGGAUGCAUAGUUUCAUUAUAAGAAAUAGCUUAAGUUCAUGUAUUUUGGUUGACACGGCUUUGGUAGACAUGUACUCCAAGUGUGGCCACUUGGAUGCUGCACAAAAUUGUUUCAACAAGAUGCCGUGUCAGGAUUUAGUCUCAUGGGGUGCCAUAAUUGCAGGAUAUGGUUAUCACGGCAAAGGAGAGACGGCACUGACUCUAUACUCUGAAUUCCUGAGAAGUGGCAUGAAACCAAACAAUGUCAUUUUCCUCUCAGUUUUAUCAUCUUGUAGCCAUAAUGGACUUAUUGACCAGGGUUUGAACAUAUACCAAUCAAUGACAGAAGACUUUGGGAUCACACCUAAUCUAGAACACCACGCUUGUGUGGUCGAUCUCCUUAGUCGAGCUGGGCGAGUAGAAGAGGCAUAUGACUUGUACAAGAAGACAUUCCCUGAGCCUGUGCUUGAUGUUUUAGGAAUACUCCUCGAUGCUUGUCGGGUAACUGGAAACAAUAAACUUGUUGAGAUGAUUUCUAAAGAUGUUCUCAUGUUAAGGCCCAUGAAUGCGGGAAAUUAUGUGCAGCUAGCACAUGGUUAUGCUUCAACAAACAACUGGGAAGGUGUAGGAGAGGCAUGGACCCAUAUGAGAUCUCUUGGCUUGAGAAAAAUUCCUGGCUGGAGUUUCAUUGACAUACAUGGGACCAUCACAAUAUUUUUCACCGGUCACAACUCUCACCCACAAUUUCAAGAAAUUGUCUCAACACUGCAUAUAUUGAGAAAGGAAUCAGGGAAAAAGGAAGAAAUGGGAAUCGACUUUGAGAUCAGCCAAUGUUCAUGAGUUUUAUAUUAUACAACCGAGUUAACUUAUUCAAUUUUGUAUUUGCUUUGCUUCCUUCCAUGGCAAGCAACGAGCUUUCCUUAGCAACUUUUAGUCUUUUAGAUACUGAAGUUGAGGGUGGAUGAGGGAUCGUUGGCUAGAAGGGUUUAGUGUUGUUGAGUUGAUAUGUAGAGAAAAUUCGGGUGUUGGACGCAUACCUAGUCAUCAGGUAGGGGACGUAUG